AUGACUUCUCAAGAGAUUUACUUUCACCGGUUCCUAGUGAGCAAACAGGUAUUCUACAAGUCUAGGUAUACAUAUGCGCUAGUGAACCUCAAGCCGUUGGUGCCGGGACAUGUUUUGGUAGUUCCUUUGCGUACCAGUGUGUUACGACUUGGCGACUUGUCCCCAGAGGAAUCUGUCGAUUACAUGAACACCUUGCAGUUGGUCCACAAGUUUAUACAAAAGGUUUACAAGGCCGACUCCUUGAACCUAGCAAUACAAGACGGCCCUGAGUCUGGGCAAUCGGUGCCUCAUUUGCAUACUCACAUCAUCCCCAGAUACAAAGGUGAUGGCUACGGUGAUCUGAUUCACAGCAUGUUGGAGAACAAGGAUCUUGACCGCGAGUACCAAGAUUUCUUCCAGAGAAAGUCACACUACGAGAUUGAGCAGAUGACCAAAAAAAACGAACUAUCCAAAAGCGACGAUGAAAGAGUAGCAAGAAGCGAGGCAGUUAUGAGUGAGGAAGCCGCGUGGUUGGCCCGUGAGUUGGAAAAGUAUACAGUGUAA